AUGUCCAAUGAACGGGGUGCUUACGCAUUCUUUCGGGGUCUUGCGGAUCGUGACUCAUAUGACGGAGGCUACGGACUUGGUGCAGAUGCAAAGUACUCACUGACGGAUCAUGUAAUGAUCGGUUUGGCCCUCAAAUGCCUUGAAGAACUUGGAAUAUCCACCCCGAAGGAAGACCUCGACCCCCAACACCCCUGGUUUUACUACUCGUACGAGGAAGUGAAACGAAAGACCCUAAAGCGGUUCACGACUGUCAACCCCAUCUCGAAAAAACGGACGCUGGCCACAAGCAGAUGGCCGAACAGGACCAGGUUCUUGCUACAUUCCAAAGACACUUUUCUCUUCUUCGCAGUAAAUAUGGACUAUUUUAAUGGCUUCAAAAGGAGCACAACAUCAUCGACCCACGGAUCAAAAGCGUCAAAAUCGGCCAAGCCAGCAGAUGCUUGGAGGUAUACUGACGAUCGAUGGGCAAAACUACUUGAGGCCCAGGCAUACCAUGAUGAGUUCCAAUAUCUGGAAUGGGAAAAGCCUUUGUGGUAUGCCCUUGUUUUUGUCCUUGUGUGCACAGGAAGACGGGUCAACAACCAAUCGUCUGAGGUCUUGAUCAACGAGACUCAGACUACACUACUCGGCUCAUCCUGGUACAACGGUAUGUUCCCAGGCCUACUUGGCCGAAAGAAGAAACCUGUACCUCACGAGAGGGAGAGCGAACGCGACUCUUACUGGUUCUCGACAUUUGAGAUAUCAAACAUCUUGUGGACAUUUGGGUCAGACAGUACCAGCGCGAUGGCAAGUCAACCUUCCAGCACCCCACCAAUCAGAACCACGAACGUGAAUCCGGUCAAUAACAAAGACGCAACUGGAACUGGGCAGCAAGUCGAAAAACACGCCCCGUUCAUCAAUCUCAGCCCUCCAAAGGACCUGUUGGGCCGCGAUAUUUUGUCCGACGAUUGGCUCCAGGAUUCACCAGCAGUUUUGAAAUUCGACCCUGAACCCAUGUCAACCUCCGCAGCAUCGGAUGACACAUCUACGCAGAUCAGUUCAGGGCCAACCUUUCAUGUGACCGGUGUCGUAAUCGAUGUUCCCAGGUACAGUCUGGGAACUGAGAUUUCUAAGCCUCAAGUUACAACACAAAUGUUUGACGCUCUACGGAAGCGAAGGACUGUCUGGGAUUCGAAAAAAAGGAUCAUAUGGCUUAUCAACUGGGACGAGGAGAUCCAGAAAGAGGUCUACGAUGCAUGCUCUGAGGUCGAACUCAAAAACGCACAGUCCUUUUUUGGGCGGCAUGUCAGUCGCGAAAAGUAUUUUCUUGACAGCGCCACAGCGACGCUGAACGAAUGGGAGACCGAGCUACACCUAUCGUUCUUUCGGAUCUCUAAGGUAUUUGAUGGCAGUCUCCAUCCUCUUGCGAAAGGCAAAUUCCUUGCAUCGACCGCAAUGAGCUUUCGUUUCUCUGGAGACUUUUCCGACCGAUACUGGACAUGCUAUUUCUUGGAACAUGGAUCGACGAGUUAUAAGGCGACAGACCUGGGGUCGCGCUUAAUACCGCCCCCGACUUGCGGCAUCAGAGGCGAUUUAGACCUGCAGAAGAAUGAUGAUGAUGGACUUGGGCCAGCGAAGAGGAGGGAAAAGAGAUGUGAUGUCUUCGCCAAACCCUGGCAACAACGUCGAGUGCUGGAGCUCCUGAUCUAUGUCAAGAUGCUUGAAGAGUUGCAUCAUAACACGGACGAGGUUUUGAGCACUGUCAAAGAACUUGCUCUUCGCCUUGAUAAGAAAGAAGGCGCCGAUCCGGAGAUGAACCCAUUCAAAACAGCAAUCGAGGAAGCAGAUCGGCUACGGAAGUUGGGAACCACAGAGGAUUACACUUCCAUUGCAGAUGAAUGGCAGAGGUUCCAGCAGAUCCUUCUGGUCAUCGAAGAAAAUCUGACAGACAACAUUGAGAAAAUCAAGCAGUGGGAUAGCCGUGAAGGUGACCGCCAGAGUCAACAGCCGCGGUGGACGGACCGAGACAAGCGGCUCCAUUUCACAACGAUACUCAGACUCAGGAUCAUGAGUCAGAGACAGGCCAAGGAGAUUGAGCGACUGAACGAUGACGUCCGAGCUUUCCGUGAGUCCCUGCCACGCCAACUUGAGACGAUCCGAGAAGACAUCAACUUCCGUGGUUCCCAGAACAUCAACUUGUUCACUUAUGUAACAGUUGUUUUCCUUCCCCUUGGAUUUGCUACUGGCCUCCUUAGCAUGAGUGGCGCUCCCGAUCACGCUCUGCUAAUGAACCUGGUGACUUUGUCUCUUGGCGCUCUCGGCAUCACGCUCUUUGCAUUGCUCAAUGCAGAGGCUGGAAAGGCAAUUGUGACACCACCGGUUAAGCGAUAUCUUUGGGCGACACAGAUGCUAUGGAAGUUAACGACGUACACCUUCUUUUACACUAUCGUUGAGCGGACAGUAUACCGCGCCCAGUACAGGGAGCGACAACAGACCUCAACGAAUGAGGGUCUGUCAAACAAGAACCCACCGGACCAGAGAACACCGAAUCAAAGCACUUCACAGAAAGGCCCAGCCAAACAGCAGCUAGGAUCGAAGAAGUCGGCAUCUGUCGAACCAGGACCAGAACGACCAGGCCAAUUGCAGACAGUCGAACGACAGCCGGCUCAUGAGCAGACUAGUAAGGAACAGCAACAGCGACGUGCAGUAAUGGAAGAUGCAGAAUCUACCAAUGAUUCCAUAUGGCCCGAGAGAUGGCGGCAAAAGUACAACACAGUCAAAAUGUUUUCGUACCGCAAAGCUGUGCAGGAAGCCGAGAAACAGAAUAAGAUUGCAAAAAGAAAACUCCAGCAAAACAACAGGAGCAGUCGACCAAACAAGUUGGACAACCCGUUCUCACCUGACCUGGAGAAGGGAGUGUGUAAUGGUCAGAAUCUGGAAUCGCCGACGGUUUGAACGGAGGAGUGGGGCCAAGAGGGAGGAAGUAGGCGGAUGCUUAGGCAACUGGACUCAAUUAGCAGACGCCAGAACGCUCAUCGCGUGGAGAAAGCUCCCGGUGCUGAUGGUCUGACGGUCGUGUUGACGAUUUCGAUUUUGGUGAAUACGGUUGGGCAGACGGAGCCUGUGAUUUCCUUACGACUCGUUACUGUUCUGUAGUUAUGACUGAAUGUGCUCGAUCACGCUCCAGCUCCGCGGAAGUGUUUGGGAAUUCUGCGAGAAGUGUGUUUCUUAAUAAUUGUUGUUUUCAAUGUCCGAUGGAAUAGAUGUGC